AUGGGCUGUUCGGUGGCAAAUGGAUUCAAUCUGAAUGAAGGUGAGAUGAUGCGCUCGGUCAGGACAAACCAAGCAAAUGCGUACAUGAUGAACGCAACUGAGGUCCGGAAGCUCUUACAGAAAUACAAGAGCGAGCGAGACGAAGCGUCCAGGAGGGCGGAGAUCAGCCGAGGCAAACUGCGAGCGACGGAGGCGGCGGCGAGGGGGAAGGUUAACGCCCUAAACCCGGAGAACAAGAGCCUGAACAGAAAAGUCAGGAAGCUGCAGCCCGAGCCGCGGGUAGAGGCGAACCCCAGACUCAGAAGCAAACUGACCGGGGAGGUCGUGAAAGAACUGAAGGAAAGGGCGGAACGAUGUCAAAAUCUCCUACAAGAAAACGCCAGGCUAAAUCAAAAGGUGAACCAGCUGGCGGCGGGGGUAGCUCGGGCGGAACAUGUUGGGAAGCUCUUAGAGGAUCGCCUGCAAGUAGCUGAGAGUCAGGUAAAGAGUCUGACCAACGAACGUGACCGAGUGUUAAAACUGUGGGAAGAAGCCGAGACCGGGAGGGAGCGAACCCUGCGGAUUAACCGCCUGCUGAGAGAAUCCCUAUGUAAUAGGCAGAAGUCUCAGCAGACGCUGGAUAAGUGCAUUCAGACCAUCGCUUCCAUUCCCAUUUACAGGAGGUUUCAGAAGAGAAACCCCGAGUCCACGGUGAAGCAGCAGGCGCUACACCUGCAGACCGUGAAAAUGAGGCAAAAGUUCGUGGAGCGGUUGUCGGUAAUUCCGAAAGAGAGCUGGGACAGCACGUCUGCAAAAUCAUCCACAAGCACCUGCCGAAUGUCCUCAGGCUGAGAACCGUUCUGUAACACCGAGAGGAGGAAUCACCUUGCAAUACACCCCCGGCCACCACGCGACGGCUGUACUUAUAAAGAAAAGCGAAUUUUCAGUUUGUGUGUUGAAACAUUUCAGUUGCAGUUGGCUUCUAGUUUAGCGAAAAGCAACUUAAUAACAGCUUGGUAUGAAAUUAUUUCUAAUGUCACGUCUGCAUAUUUUCGUCUUUUCCAAUAUUAGAUUUCUAAUAAGGUACGAUUGAUUUAGAAUAGUUUUAUAAAACUGACUCGGAUUGUCACCAAUUUAUCUCAAGUAUCAAUCCAACAUUAGCUACCAAUAAAUUUCAAUCAACCUUUUUCUUUAAUUUAUAUUGCGCCUUUCACGAUCUCAAGCCAUUCCAAACUACUUCACAGCCAUCGAAACACUUCUGGAGUGCACACAUUGCACAGUUACACCAGGACAGUGCAGCCAUGACUAGACAGGUGUAAGGUAAGCAGGUUUUCCUCAAAUCUGUUCUAAACCUAACUCACUUGGAGGCGGUGGAUAUCUGGAACUCUCAGCCUAAAAGUCAGAGUGGGAAUUUCACAUCACUUACGAAUUAAGGUGAACAGAAGCCUGAACUCACGCGUGAGCAGGUUCAAGAGCAGCUUCUUUCCGGCAGUUGUCAGCCUGUUGAUUGGACUCUAGCCUCAAAUAAUGUAACCUGCAAUUCUGGUGAAGGGUCUAGGCCGGAAACGUCAGCCUUCCUGCUCCUCUAAUGCUGCUGGGCCUGCUGUGUUCAUCCAGCUCCACACUUUGUUAACCUGCUUACCUCCAAGUCUUUUUAAUCUGUACGUCCUUUGCUUGCUGUGAUCGACCUGUACCGCUCUGAAAUAAAACUUUUCACUGUAUUUUAGUACACGUUACAAUAAAUCAAACA